AUGCCUGCAGCUCAAUUUCUCAAUAAUCCAUCAAUGACGGAACUUCGUUAUAAACAUCUUCGUUUUUUAAUUACGAACAGUCCAGCUGAUGAAAAUGUUCACUCAUUUAUUGAAACUUGUUUAAAAUAUGGUGUUACAGUAUUAGUUCGUGUCUCAGAAAAAACUUAUGAUGCAAAACCAAUUGAAGCAGCCGGGAUUAAAGUUUAUGAUCUUGAAUAUCCCGAUGGAAGUGCACCUGAUUCAAUUGUUCGUGAUAAAUGGCUGAACAUUGUUAAAGAGAAUAAACAUGGUUGUAUUGCUGUUCAUUGUAUUCAUGGUCUUGGACGAUCACCUGUUCUUGUUGCCAUGGCUUUACGUGAAGCUGGUAUGAACCGACAAGAAUCUAUUGAUUUUAUUCGUUCACGCCGUCGUGGUUCAUUCAAUCUUCGUCAAUUAGAAUUUCUCCAAACCUAUCAAUCAGGUCACCGUCUUAUCAACAAGCAUGCUGGCUGUCUUAUCAUGUAA